AUGCGCGUCAUCUCUCGCCGCUAUUCGCCUGAGCCGUCCUCCAUAUCUCCCCGUCUCUCCUUGCUCCCCCACUCACCUCCUCUCAAUCUCACCUCCUACCCUUGUCCCUCCCCGCCUUCGCCCUGCACUUACCACUCGCCCACUUUCUCUCCCCUCUCUCCCCUCCCUGCCCUCUCUCCCUCUCUCCAGUCUCUUUCCCCUCUCUCCCUCUCUCUGCCCUCUCUCCCUCUCUCCCCUCUCUUUCCCCUCUCUCACCUAUCCCUUUUCCCGCCCCUCUCAGCCACCCAGUGCCACGGAAUUCUCGCAGCGGGGCCUGCCAUGGUGGAAUGGACGCUGGGGCAGCAACCAGGGAGGAGCGCAGGGGCGGGGAGGAAGAGGAAGCGGGGGAGGGAGACGGAGCGUGGGAGGAGGAGCACGUGGGAGGAGCAGGGAGAGGAGCGACAAGCCAUUGUGUCUGAGAGUGACGUCGCACGAUUCAAUUCGCUGGUUCUGCGUCUGGCUGAUGUUUUCAGCAGCAGCAGCAGCAGCAGCGCCACCCGCCUCUGCAUUCUCAAGCUCUUCCUCCUCCACCUCACCACUGCUGCCGCUCCCCUCCCUCCCUCUCCUCCCGCUCCUCCCCGUCCUGCUCCUCCCUCUCCUGCAUCUCAACAUGCCACGUCAGCUGCACCCGCUGCCCCCUCACUCACACCUGCCGCCCUGAGAACGCCUCUCGGUGCUGGGAGGUGUGACGCGGAUGGUGACGCCAUGCCUGACGUCAGCAGCAUGUAUGACGUCAGCCUGCUGCAGUGGCGAUGGAGGAGGGAGGGAGAGCGAGUGAGGGAUGUGUGGAGGGGAGGGAGAAGAAGGGGAAACCGAGUGACCACCACGAGGGAAGGAGAGAGAGAAAGUGGGGCUUGUGAUGGGAGAACGAGGAGGCAAGGAGAGGAAGGUGGGGAUGGCGCCCAUGGGGAGGCAGAGAAUAUAACUUUCAAUGAUGGGGGUGCUGCAGACAUUGAUGGCGUGUUGACUGCUCGGAAGCUCUUGAACCCAACCCAAGUCAUCACCCGCAUCGCCCCUCUGCUCUCUCGCUCCUCCUGCUUUCCACUCCCACCCACCGCAGCAGCAGCAGCAGCCACAGUCACAGCCACAGCAGGCGCAGCAGCAGCAAUGCAAAGUGACUCCCCUUCGCCCCCAUCGUCACUUGCUGCUGGCGCUCUUGACUCCGUUGACUCGCUUGAAGCCCGCUGUCUCGCGCUGCGCCUGAUUGGCUGCCUCGCUCCGCUAGCUGCUGACGUAGCACACGUGCAGGAGUUGGUCGUGCAGGCGGCAAUGGAAGCCGAGGGACAGCAGGAGGUGAGAGAGGGGAGCGGGGGGAGGGGGAGAAAGAGGGGGAUAAGGGGGAAUAGGAGCUCCAUCACUCUCUCUCUCUUCACUGCUCGCGUUGCGUCCCAUGCCCAAAUCAAGCAGCCUGGAGUGAGAGGAAACGCACACAGGAGUCAAGCAGAGGUGGACGAGCAUGUGGCGAGGAAGCGGCAGCAGCGACAGCCUGAUGACUCGCCAGCUGCCCAUGCACCGUUGCACCCACAUUCGUUCGCCCACUCCCUGUCUCCACCACACACACUGCCACCACUGGCCCUACACACGCCUCUUCUCACAUCCUCCUCCCACAUGCCACGUGUCAGCCGCCCAUUGGCCCAGUGGAGAGGGCGUGAGGAGGGGGAGGAGGUGAUGCGGAUGCGAGUGGCAGCAGUGGUGGUGAAGUGCCUGGCGGGGCACGAGGAGAGGGCUGUGAGGCGUGUGGCGUGGCAGGUGGCAGUCUGCCUGCUCUCUGCCUUCCCCUGUGCCUCGUGGUCCCCACUGCUGUGA